UCAGCCAUCGUGGGGCUCGCGCGCGCACGAGUAGGAUCUUCUCGUUUCCAAACCUGAUCUGGGAGGAGGUCCAGCCUGAUUAUUUUUUCCAGUGGUUUGGAAAACUCCACUUACUCCAGAGCUGGAUUUUUAACUUUCCAAUCUCCUCGAGGCUUUUCUUUUUAGAUUUUAUUUAGUUUUUUUUAUUCCGAUCAUUUAACGGAGAAAAUGGGAGCCCACUUGUCCAAGGGUGGAGUAUCUGUGGAGGGAAAAGCUGCGGCUGAUUCCGCCGCCGCCAAAGCGAACGGCCAGGAGAACGGACACGUCAAAACCAACGGCGACGUGUCAGCCAAGACCGAUGGGGAAGUGGCAGCUGCAGAUGGAAACGGCACAGCUGAACCGGCUAAGGAGGGCGAGACAGGUGCCGGAGAUGCUAUCGAACCCGCGCCCGCCACCGAGGGCGAGGCCGCCAAAACUGAGGGUGAGGCCGCCAAGGAUGUAAAGAAGAAGAAGUUCUCCCUGAAGAACUCCUUCAAGUUCAAGGGCAUCUCGCUGAAGAAGGGCAAGAAGGGCAGCGAGGAGGCCAAGGAGGAGGCCGCCUCCCCCACAGCGGAGGACAAGCCAGAGGAGAACGGCCACGCCGCUAAAGAAACCAAAGAGGAGACGCCGGCUGCAGAGCCCAAAGAGGGCGAGGCCUCUGCCGCCACGCCCGAGGGCGGUGAGUCCAAGGCACCAGAAGAGGCCCCACCUGCAGUGGCCCCACCCACUGAAGAGGCCGCCGCCCCUGCCGAGGGCACAACACCCGCCGCCUCUGAAGGCGAGACCAAGGCGGAGUGACCGCGCCCUGCCGCGGCGCAUGAACUGAUUUUCCAAGAUUAAAGUAUAUAAAUAUAUAUAUGAGAGACUCGUGCCACGUUCUUAAAGUUCUAAACAAAACUACAAAAGAAGACAAAAAGGAUUUAUCACGUUUGCUGAUUCAACCACCAGUUCACUGCCUUUUAUUAGUUCUAUGACAGAGUCUCACCGGGCCCUCUCGCGAUGAAAGUGUCGCCCCCUAGCGGCACACACAGGGACUGGCGUGUGGUGAAGGUAAUGGAUCAGAUGUGGAGCGAAUCAGGAAUACUGACUUAUUUUCUCAACUCAUGGAAAAGCAUCCUCAUAACAGCGUGGCAGCCCUAUAACAUUUUCUUUUUUUAUUUUUAUUUUUUCGGGAUCUAAAAAUUGUCACCGAGCGGGACAGAACAUCUCCGUCACUCCAAAUGACUGUUACAUGGACACUUUAAUGGUAUUCAUUUUUACAGUUCUACAUUCCUGUAUUUUGUCAUGUAUAGAAAAGUGAAAUUGGAGGUGGAACAGGCGAUGUCUUUGUUCGUGCUUUUUCUUUUCUGGCUAAAACCACAUUCGCGUUUCUGAAGCAGGGUGGAGAUCGUGUACAAAAUGUGAGCUUUUUAAAUCUGCAAACUGUCUCUGUAAAUAUGUUUUGGCCGAUAUUUUUGGUUUUCUUUAUUUUGCUAUUGUUUGAAGAUGUUAAUGGUUUUAUUGUAACUUUUAAUAAGGGUAUAAAUAAAUGUUUGAGCCCCUCA